AUGCUCUUCCUCACCCCCGCCCUUGUCAUCGCCUCGGCGGCGGUCGGGCUCGGCUCUGCCGUCAAGGUGAACCCGCUUCCUGCGCCGCAGAACGUGACCUGGGGCAACUCUGGCCCCAAACGUGUCGGCCAGCUGUGUCUGCGGAUCAAUUCGAACGCGAACCGCUCCCAGGAGACCAACAACUCUCGCAUCGUCGUCGACGCCUGGAACCGUGCCUACGGCGCCAUCAGCCUCAAAUGGGUGCCGCAGGCCAUCGAGCAGCCGCCUCCCCAGUUCGAGCCUUUCCCCACCGCCGUCGCCAACAGCACCAAGUCGAAGCGAGACAAUGACGGCGACGAGAAGCGGCUCAGUGAGGUCAAGGUACAGGUCGCCGACUGGUCCGCCGACCUGAAGCACGGCGUCGACGAGAGCUACACGCUGACCGUGUCCGCCUCGUCGUCGACGGUCGAGAUCGCGGCAAAGACAGUCUGGGGCGCCCUGCACGCCUUCACCACGUUCCAGCAGCUCGUCAUCUCCGACGGCGAGGGGGGCCUGGUUGUCGAGCAGCCCGUCACCAUCAAGGACCACCCCAACUACCCCUACCGCGGCGUCAUGAUCGACACGGGCCGAAACUUCAUCUCGGUAGCCAAGAUGAGGGAGCAGAUCGACGGGCUGGCCCUGUCCAAGAUGAACAUCCUCCACUGGCACAUCACCGACACCCAGUCUUGGCCCAUCAAGCUGGCGACGUAUCCUCAGGUCACCCGGGACGCCUACUCGGAGCGCGAGAGCUACUCGGAACAGCACGUCCAGGACAUCAUCUCGUACGCGCGCGCGCGGGGCGUCCGCAUCAUCCCCGAAGUCGACAUGCCCGGCCACUCGGCCUCGGGAUGGAGGCAGAUUGACAAGGACAUUGUGACGUGCGACAACAGCUGGUGGUCCAACGACAACUGGCCGCUGCACACGGCCGUGCAGCCCAACCCGGGCGCGCUGGACGUCAUCAACCCCAAGACGUACGAGGUCGUGGCCAAGGUCUACGCGGAGCUCUCGCGCAAGUUCCCCGACGACUUCUUCCACGUCGGAGGCGACGAGCUCAUGAUCAACUGCUUCAACUUCAGCAAGGGCAUCCGGGACUGGUUCGCCGCCGACCCCAAGCGCACCUACUUCGACCUCAACCAGCACUGGAUCGACACGGCGUACCCGCUCUUCAUGUCGGAGGACAAGACCGGCAACAAGGACCGCCGCCUCAUCAUGUGGGAGGACGUGGUGCUCUCGCCCGACGCCCGCGCCAAAAACGUGUCCAAGACGGUCAUCAUGCAGUCGUGGAACAACGGCGUCGAGAACAUCGCCAAGCUCGCGAGCGCCGGCUACGACGUCAUCGUGUCCAGCGCCGACUUUAUGUACCUCGACUGCGGCUUCGGCGGCUACGUGACCAACGACCCUCGCUACAACGCCCCCCAGUCCAACCCGGACCCCAAGAACGGCACCUUCUCCUUCAACUACGGCGGCCCCGGCGGCUCGUGGUGCGCGCCGUACAAGACGUGGCAGCGCAUCUACGACUACGACUUCACGGCCAACCUGUCGUCGGCGCAGGCCAAGCACAUUGUCGGCGCCGCCGCGCCGCUCUGGGGCGAACAAGUCGACGACACCACCAUCAGCUCCAAGAUGUGGCCGCGCGCAGCUGCGCUCGCCGAGCUCGUCUGGUCCGGCAACAGGGAUCCCGCGACGGGCGCGAAGCGAACGACGUAUCUGACCCAGCGCAUCUUCAACUUUAGAGAGUACCUUGUUGCCAAUGGAAUCAUGGCCGCUCCCCUGGCGCCCAAGUACUGCCUGCAACAUGCUCACGCGUGCGACUUGUACCUCGACCAGGGCGCUGUGAAGUGA